UCUCCGCCAGAUUCAAACAGCAGCUGGAGAAAGCACUGAAGCCUGGAAGAGCAGAAUAAAAGGGGAACUGGGAAAUAGACGCCAAUAGCAGAAUAAGGGAAAUCUUUUUGAUUGCAAAAGGAUUUAUUAGAAAGCUCCUAUCUCGUGCUGUGAGUGAUUUAGUUACAGGCUUUUGUGAAAGACAGAAUGAAGAGCAGCAGCGUUAUUGCCCUCUCUGUCAUGACGAUCUGGGUCUUCUUUGCAGUCAGCGAAGGAAUGAGCCUGAGAAGCUUAGGAAUGGAGCUGCACUGCCGCUGCAUCCAGACCGAGAGCAGACCCAUUGGCCGCCACAUCGAGAAGGUGGAGCUGAUUCCAGCCAACUCUCACUGCGAGGAGACUGAGAUCAUUGCCACUCUGAAGAAAACUGGCCAGCAGGUUUGCCUGGACCCUGAGGCUCCAUGGGUGAAAAAAGUGAUUGAGAGGAUCAUGGCAAACAGAAAACGUUGAAGAGAGAUGAACACAAGAAAUUGCUUCAAAGGACCAAAGAGCCUGUCUUGGCCUGAUGAUAGGGUUCGCUGAACUUCAACUGACCUGUUGGUGAAGACAGCAGCAUCAAAUUGUUGCUCAAAUUGUUUGUAUCAGACACGGUACCCAUCAACCCAUUGCCUCUGUGGUGUAGUGGUUGAAGUCUUUGACUUGGAUUCAGGGGACCGGGGUUUGAAUUCCCCUGGCAUCAGGAAGAGCAUCCAAUGUAAAAACUCUGCCAAGUUUGCUUGGAAAUUGUAACGACUUGGUAUUGACCCCUGAAUAAGGGUGCAGCUGAUUGGACUCUAUGUGCUAUUUAUUAUCCUGCCACUCCCUCUGUCUACUGCACAAUAUACAUAUAUAUAUAUACAUAUAUACAGAUAUUUAUCUAUUUAUUUAACUAUGUAUUUAUGAAAUUG